GGCUGCUUGGAGCAAUACGAGGGGGCGAAGGCGCGAUUGGAGGCUGCUUGUGAAGUGAGGAAGAGGAGGAUGAUAAGGCCGGUUGUUAGUUUUAGGGAUUGGGAUUCGAAUUUGGAAGUGAAUUUGAUCAUAGGGUUGGAUAUGGGGUUUGCAUUGUCUGAUUUCAUCAAUAUUCUUCAAGAAGAAGGAGCUGAUAUCUUAAGUGCAACUUGCCAUCAUGUUGGAGAUAGGGCAAUAUACACAAUCCUUUCUCAGGCUAUCUAUCCUAGAAUUGGUAUUGCAACUUCAAGUGUGCAUGAGAGGUUGAAGAGUUUAAUAUGUUGAAAA